CUCUCAUCGACCAAUAGCGAUUGAUCAUAUCUUCAUCAGAAACCCUUUUUAUGUUCCAGGAAUAUAACAGAUAUGAACCACCAUUAUAAUACGAAUCAUCCCACUAGAGGACGAGGCCAUCAAAACGAUAAUAAUUUGCACAAUGAUAGCCAUGAAAGCUCAUCGUCGUCAUCAUCAUCAAAUGUUGCACCAUCUUUUAGACCCCACACAGGUGGUGAUGUCCGAUGGGAAGCCAUCAAUUCAGUUAUUUCACGAGAUCGAGAAAUCGGGCUCAGCCAUUUCAAACUGUUGAAAAGACUUGGAUAUGGAGAUAUUGGAAGUGUGUAUCUAGUGGAGCUAAGAGGAACAAACGCCUUCUUUGCAAUGAAAGUUAUGGACAAGGCUUCUUUAGCCAGUCGAAACAAGCUGCUUCGAGCUCAGACCGAAAGAGAGAUUUUGGGUCUUCUUGACCACCCAUUUUUACCAACUCUAUAUUCUUACUUUGAAACCGAUAAAUUUUAUUGCUUGGUUAUGGAAUUUUGCAGUGGAGGCAAUCUCCAUACUCUUAGACAGAAGCAACCCAACAAACAUUUUACCGAGGAUGCAACUAGGUUCUUCGCUUCAGAAAUACUGUUGGCACUCGAAUACCUGCACAUGCUAGGGAUCGUGUACAGGGAUCUAAAGCCAGAAAACGUACUUGUUAGAGAUGAAGGUCAUAUCAUGCUUUCCGAUUUUGACCUUUCACUCCGUUGUUCUGUCAACCCAACUCUUGUCAAGUCUUCAUCGGUUCAUAGCGGCAACCAUCUUGGAGGAGGCGGUAGUGGUAUGAUGGACGAUGACAAUGUGCCCGUGCAGACUAGCAAUCAAGCGUCAAACUUUUUUCCAAGGAUCUUGCCUUCAAAGAAGAACCGCAAAUCCAAAUCAGAUUUCGGCCUCUUUGUGGGAGGUUCCCUUCCGGAGCUAAUGGCGGAGCCCACUAACGUGCGCUCAAUGUCGUUUGUGGGGACCCACGAAUAUUUAGCUCCCGAGAUCAUUCGUGGCGAAGGUCAUGGGAGUGCAGUGGAUUGGUGGACUUUUGGUAUAUUUUUGUAUGAAUUACUACAUGGAACAACCCCAUUCAAAGGGCAAGGAAAUCGGGCAACACUGUUUAACGUAGUGGGGCAACCGUUAAGGUUUCCGGAUAGUCCGCAGGUCAGUCAUAUGGCUCGGGAUCUGAUAAAGGGACUGCUAGUGAAGGAGCCGCAAAAGAGAAUCGCGUACAGAAGAGGUGCAACAGAGAUCAAACAACAUCCAUUUUUUGAGGGUGUGAAUUGGGCGCUUGUGAGGAGCGCACAUCCUCCACAUGUACCUGAUCCUAUCGAUUUCAGCCAAUUUGCGAGCAAAGACUCUACGGGAAGCCACUCGUCCGAAAAGAAGGUGUCUGGAAAUGGAGGUGGAAGCACAAAGAGUAGUUCUACUGACCCUUCUUAUACAAACUUUGAGUACUUUUAG